UUGAAUUACCCGCUGCAGCCCAGGCUACUGUCGUAAUUAAAGUCCGGUGCUACACGAGAUCCUAUAUUACUUCCGAGUCUAAACACCCGAAGAGGUUAUGGUUCGGCAUGGGUAGCGUACCUAACUUAUCUUGACGUGCCAUGCUUGAGGGAUCAUGGUUAAUGACUAAGCACGGACCUCCUAACCCAGGCCCUUCCAUGGCGGCGGGGGUGGGACCUGACAACUGCGUGUGAUCCACGAAACGCGCAAACGAAUCGUCAUCCAAUCCCCGCACCACAAAGCUCGAAUAUCCAAAUCUGCUGCCCAUCUUGCCCCCGAGUGUGCAUCGUCGUAGCAGCAGCAGCACGCCCCUUGGGAAGGAAAUAUACGCGACAAUGGCUCCCCAGGCAAUCAUUGCCCCGUCGAUUCUGUCGGCCGACUUUGCCGACCUCGGCGCCGACUGCGCCAGGACCAUGGAGCAGGGCGCAGACUGGCUGCACGUAGACAUCAUGGAUGGACACUUCGUCCCCAACCUGACUUUUGGUCCCCCCGUGGUGGCCAAGAUCCGGAAACAUGUCGCCCAGCCCAAGCCUGCCGAAAAGUACGGCCGGGGCACAUUUGACUGCCACAUGAUGAUUGCAGAGCCCAAGAAGUGGGUCAAGGAGUUUAAAAAUGCCGGCUGCGAUCUGUACUGCUUCCACUACGAGGCUGCGUUCUCGAGCGCGGCCGAGAGCCCCGAGGGCAAGUCGGACGCCAAGACAAACCCGCGUGAGCUGAUCCGGUAUAUCCACGACCAGGGCCUGCUGGCGGGCGUCGCCAUCAAGCCCAUGACGGGGCCCGAGGUGUUGUAUGAACUUCUCGACAGCGCGGACGAGAAGGAGAGGCCUGAUAUGGUCCUAGUCAUGACAGUCGAGCCGGGCUUUGGCGGACAAAAGUUUAUGGCUUCGGAGCUGCCCAAGGUGCAGGAGCUGCGCAAGCGGUACCCCGAACUCAACAUCGAGGUUGACGGCGGUCUCGGACCAGGCACCAUCGACCAGGCUGCCGAUGCAGGUGCCAAUGUCAUUGUGGCUGGCAGCGCAGUGUUUGGAGCGAAGGACCCGUCCGAGGUGAUCACCUUACUCAGGGAUACGGUUAAUAAGCGGAGCACGGACAAGGCCAAGGUGUAGACUAGCUCCAGCUGCACAGCCAAAAUGACUAGCCAAGCAAACUGUCACUGCUCUUGUGACUUAUGGCGGUAAGGCUAGAAAACCGUUGUGUCUGCCAAGGUAUGUAUCCAGACCAGAAGUCCAACCCUGCUCUGGUGAUCAGGCGCAUUAAUGGGGCCGAUGUGAUGGCGCGAUGGUCUAUUACCAGAGCCAACCCAGCAUGAUGAGGAUCGACAAAGCUCUUGUAAUCGCGCCUAGUCCUAUCGUGGAGCCGGGGCCCAGGGUUGCGGCACCAGCGCCAGUUAUCUCUGGCGUCGCUCCGGAGUCAUAGCGUACAAUGGGACCUAGCACCACGCGACAAUGCAGCUUCUAGUUCCAAA